GAUGCCAAGACCUUCUCUUCUCACUUUGAUAUUGGCCAGUGCUCUGACUUCUGUAACUGGAGAUUAUAGUUUCAGACUGGUGAAUGGUAAAAAUGAGUGCUCUGGAAGAGUUGAGAUCCUUUAUAAUGGCCAAUGGGGAACAGUGUGUGAUGAUGGCUGGGACAUGAAUGAUGCUGCUGUGGUGUGCAGACAGCUGGGAUGCGGAUCAGCUAUUAGUGCACAAACCAGUGCUCAUUUUGGCCAAGGUAGUGGUCAGAUCUGGUUGGAUGAUGUGGGAUGUUCAGGACAUGAAUCAUCACUCACACAGUGCUCACAUCAUUCUAUUGGAACACAUAACUGUGAUCAUUCUGAAGAUGCAGGUGUCAUCUGCUCACAAGACAUUAGGUUGGUCAAUGGGUCUGAUUCAUGCUGUGGGAGAGUGGAGAUCCAUCAUAAAGGCCAGUGGGGAACCGUGUGUGAUGAUAACUGGGACCUGAAUGAUGCUGCUGUGGUCUGCAGACAGUUACGGUGUGGAUCAGCCAUCAGUGCACCUCAUAAAGCCGCCUAUGGUCCAGGCAGUGGAUCAAUCUGGCUGGAUGAUGUUAAAUGUUCAGGAAGUGAAGGAGCCCUCACACAAUGUUCACACAGUGGAUUAGGAAGUCAUAACUGUAAACAUAGUGAAGAUGCUGGUGUUGUUUGUUCAGCGGGUGAGCUGCAGUUGCCGACUCUUUCCCUGACCUCCACACAUGCAGUUGUUUCUUGUGGAGAAAAUAUCCAGUUCAGUUGCACAACACCUAAACCAAGAUGCAAUGCUAAUGCUGAAUUCCAGCUCUUCAGAAACGGAUCAUCUGAAUCCUCCCAGACACAUGUAUCUAGUGUGAAUUUCAGCCUUAAUGUAAACACAUCCCAUCAGGGCAGCUACAGCUGUCGUUACUCCUACCAAAACAACACUGUCAAGUCACCUUUGAGUAACACUGUUAUCAUCAAUGUGGUGAACUUGCAACAGCCCAGCAUUUCCCACAGUGCUCUUGAUGGAUGGUUUCACGUGGGGCCUCAGGGGCCAGUGAUCACCAGGGGCCACAGUUUCACUAUCAUCUGUUCAACUCAAUCUCAGUAUCCUGGAGGCUCUUUUCACCUGUUCAGAGGGUCAAACAUCACUAGGACUGAGUCAGCUGUCAGUCACUCUGCCUCCUUCUUCUUUCCUGAGGCAGAUUUUUCACAGGAGGGAAACUACAGCUGUGUUUAUGAAGUCAGUGUCUCCUCACGCUCCUUCCGUUCAUCUGCCUCUGAACUGCUGCUCAUCACUAUCACAGCCUCCCUGCUUCCUGUCAUUGGUGCUGCAGUGUCAGCUGUGCUGCUCUUAUUGUCUGUCCUCAUAAUCAUCCUCCUGCUGAAGAGAAGACAAACGCAAAGGAACAAGGAAAUGCAUUCAAAGUGCUCUUUUACAAAAGGUGCAGCUAAUACAUAUGCAGGUGCAUCUCAUGAUAACAAAAAUGAAGAAGAUGAUGAGGCUGAUUAUGAAAAUGUAGAACUUGGUGAAAACAUGGAUCAUGAUGAUUCUGAACAGGACUAUAUUAAUGUGGACUCUGAUGAUUCUGAACAGGACUAUAUUAAUGUGGACUCUGAUGAUUCUGAACAGGACUAUGUCAAUGUGAGUGUUAUAGAAAAUAAAAUUGUGGUAGACAAAUCUGAUGAUAACAUUUAUGAAAGCUGUUGUGAUUAAUACUGAGUGACAAGUGACUAAUACUACGUUAUUUGAGAGACUGGCCUUGGCCUACCUGAAGAACAUCUCUGGACCCUUGAUGCAGUCAGCAUGGGACUGCAUUACAUCUUGCAACACCUCCACAGACCUGGGAAUUACACAAUGAUCUUAUUGGUGGACUUCAGCUCUGCCUUCAAUACCAUCAUGCCUGAUCUUCAAUCAGACAAACUGACCCAGCUCUCUGUGCCUUCCCCAAUCUGUCAGUGGAUUACCAGCUUCUUGACGGACAGGCAGCAUCUAGUGAGGCUGGGAAAAUUCAUAUCUAGGACCCUGACUAUCAGCACUGGUGCCCCUCAGGGUUGUGUUCUCUCCCCACUGCUCUUGUCCUUGUACACGAAUGACUGCACUUUAAAGGACCCCUCUGUAAAACUUCUGAAGUUUGCAGAUGACAUUACAGUCAUCUGCUUCAUCCAGGAUGGUGACAAGUCUGCAUAUGGUUGAGCAGCUGGCUGUGUGGUACAAUCACAACAACCUAGAACCAAAAGAGUGGAGAUGAUAGUUGACUUUAGGAGAAGCCCCCCUGCACUUCCCCCCACUCACCAUCAUGAACAGCACUGUAACAUCAGUGGAGUAAUACAGGUUCCUGGGCAGGACCUGAAGUGGGACAAUCACAUUCUUGCAAAAAAAUCCCAGCAGAGGUUGUACUUCCUUCGCCAGCUGAGGAAGUUCAACCUGCCACCCAGUUCUACUCGGCCAUCAUUGAGUCUGUCCUGUGUUUAUCUAUGACUGUCUGGUUUGGUUCAGCUACCAAAUCAGACAUCGGAAGACUACAAUGGACAGUCAGGACUGCUGAGAGAAUCAUUGGUGCCCCCUGCCUAACCUUGAAAAAAUAUACACCUCCAGAGUGAGGAAAAGAGCUCAAAAAAUCACUCAGGAACCCUCACACCGAGCCCACUCUCUCUUUGAACUGUUGCCCUCUGGCUGACGCUACAGAGUACUGACCACCAAAACAGCCGGGCACAAGAACAGCUUUUUUUAUCAGGCCAUAUUCCACCUGAACAACACAUAACAUCUCAGGACUGCACAUCUGUACACAAAUUCUCAAAACUGUUAAUCUAUAGCACGUUUGUUUUUAUUUUUUGGUAUGUAUUUUUCUCUAUUUUUAUUGCCGUAUAGUUUUUUUAAUUUAUUCGCUUUGUUAUUUGUGUUAUAUUUCAUUUUAUUACCUUACAAUAUAUGUCUGUACUUUUUCUUUGCACUGGAAACUCUUGUCACCAAGACAAAUUCUUUGUGUGUGUGUAAACACACUUGGCAAUAAAGCCCUUUUUAAUUCUGAUUCUGAUUGUAAAGUUAUAUUUGAUUACUCUAUAAGAAAAAAUAAAUAAUUCAAGUGUACUGUAGCCCACACAGGCCCUGUCCCAAAUUGCACCCUAAACCCUCAUGGCCUUCCUCGUGGAGUCCACACUUUCAUGACAUAAUGCCAUGUUGGUUGUUGGAUAUAAGUCUUCUGUGUAGCGCGUCUCAGUGCAGGCUUGGCAAAAAUGUGUUUUGGGAGUGCAUACCAAGGACCCUUCUGAAAGCUAAAAUGAUGAAUGGAACACCCUACAGUCUCAUGGACUCUAGUCCGCAAGAAUGUGCACACACUGUAAAAAAUCCAAUUAACGAAAUGUUGGAAGGGCAAAAAUAUUUAAGCUGAACAAGUUUUAUUGCUUGGGCUUAGUUGAGAAAACAUUAUAUUAAAUCUGCACAAAUAUAUUUAAAAAAACAUUAAAUGAAUGGUUAUUUUCAAAUCCAGUCAACAUUCAGAAUGCCAAUGUUUGACUGAACUAAUAAAAACAAAUCCAGCCAACACUGAGAUCAUUCCGCACGAGCCUGAGUGACUUUGCGGGAGAAACUGCGCCACCAUCUUGUUAAGUUCACGUGUCAGGUAAGUGCAACUAAAUAAAUGCUGCUUUUUUUUUUUUUACUAAAUUUAAUGAGUAAAUCAUGCAACAUUUUUUGAGUGGACAUUUAGAAAGUGUUUUAUGAGUUGUAUAACCGAAGAAAAGUCUGUUUUUUUUUUACAGUUAACGCGGCUUUUCAGCAAUAGUGAUAAAGCAAGGAAAAAGUAAAUAAAUACGGCAACAUAAAUGGAACUCGUGGAAUUAGAAAAACAAAGUUCUUUAUGGCCAUCAGGAUUGUAAAAGGCACGAGAUGGCUGUUUCUGUCAAUGGUAAGUUUUAAUUUAAAAUGUUUGUGAUGGCCUACUUUUAAGGUAAGAAAAGUGGACUGCAGGCUGUAGCCUAAAUGUUUGCCACUUGCUUGAGCAUCUUAAUAAUAUAAAUCUAUACAGAAGUCAAUGUAAAAUAUUGCGCUUAAAUGUGAGUAUGUCUAUGAAAGAUU